UCUUAAAGCAUUCAUCAGUUUAACUUAUUUUGUUUAUAUUCCUCUUAAUUUGCUUCCCUAGUUCCUCUCUUUUGAAAUGUUCCUUCUCUCAGAGCCAGAAACUUGUCAGUUAGUAAAUCAUUCUGAUAAUUUGCUUGAAUAAGUCGUUUCAAAGUCCCUCCCAGGGCGGGGUAUCGGUUUCACAGUGCUCUUCAGUUCCUGCUCUGAGCAGCUGUGCUCCACCAGCAUACCUUCUUCACCAAGAGAUCACUAGAGAUCUCCUCCCCUGUCUGAGCACCAAGAUGACAGCUGCAGAGGCUUCAGUGGAAAUGUUAAAGACAGACCUUAGAUUCACGGAUGGCCUGGAGAAAGCAGGACCUGCUAAAAGUCUUCAAGGAAAACUUCUAUCAGUUAUAUAUCCUGUAACUCCUAUCAAAAUUUAUUUAUGCUUUUUCAUUAUCUCAGUCCUAAUUGCAAGUGUCAUUGCACUUUCCAUUAUUUUGUCAGCAAAAAAGACAGAGCCAAUCGUAGAGAACCUUAUUAUUGCUGCCUGCCCAAAAGAUUGGAUUGGAUUUGGAAACAAGUGUUUUUAUUUUUCUGAAGACGUAGGGAAUUGGACAUUCAGCCAGACUUUUUGUGCUUCCUUAGCAUCCAAUCUUGCUCAGUUUGAAAGCCAAGAGGAACUGAAUUUUCUGAAAAGAUAUAAAGGGCUUUCGGAUCAUUGGAUUGGCCUUAACAGAGAAUCAUCAYAUCACAUUUGGAGGUGGACAGACAACACUGAAUAUAAAGCUUUGUUUUCCAUCAGAGGAGAUGGCGAAUGUGCCUACCUGAAUGAUAAUGGAAUCAGCAGUGCCAGGCACUACACAGAUAGGAAGUGGAUUUGUAGCAAGCCAAACAGCUAUUUCCACAAGUGCCAAAUCAUGUCAAGUUCUUUAAAAUAAAGCAGGAUGGAGGGAUAUUUUGUAACUUGUUAUAUACAGUUGCUGCUCCAUUUUUGCUUUUACUUAGCACUAGGAACAUGCAUUCGCAAAUUUAUUGACAACAACGAAGUGGCAAAUUAUACUUGCCCUGUCAUAGUACAGGGAUUUGGAAGGGUAUGAUUCUAAAUUAGAUAGGUGUUUUGGUAUGAGUUCAUAACUUAUAUUUUGAACCUGGAAUAUAAUCAAAAUCAGUGAACUCUACUUCUAUGAACUAAUAUUAAACUUUUCUUAUAUAGUCACUACUUGCUUUGAAUGCAUGUGACAAUAAAAAUGAGUAGACAACUGAAAUUAUGCAAAUUAUUUAAYAGUCAAUGAAAAAUUAUAAUUGGCUUGAGACCUUUAACAUUUUCUUAAAUCCAUUCAAAAUUUUCUUAAUA